AACGGUCGUAUCACAGAACACCUGUAGUAUAUAGGUCUUCGGUGUCCAAGCGAUCUUUUUCAACCACUUUUCAACUGCCGUGAUACACACGUUUCACGACGCAGACAAAACAGACUCUGAAACACACUCGUACUCCAAAUGGCUAUGCUGGUGAAGGAUGUGCAUCUACCUGCAUCUCUAAUGCCAGAACUUAAUUUGCCAAAGCACAAGGAGUACUUGGCAAGCUAUGGGACUAAGAAAGAUGAUUAUGAGUACUGCAUCACGGAACAUCUGCGAAUGAGUGGCAUCUACUGGGGCCUGACAGCCAUGGACCUAAUGGGUUCCCUGGACUCCUUUGAUAGGGCAGAGAUAAUUGAGUUUGUUAAACAGUGCCAGUAUUCUUGUGGGGGCUUCGGGGCCAGCAUUCACCAUGACCCUCAUUUGCUGUACACAUUGAGUGCAGUUCAAAUAUUAGCAACAUUUGAUGCACUGAAUACAAUUGACAUUGACAAAACUGUAAGCUAUGUCAAGGAACUUCAGCAGGAAGAUGGAAGUUUUUAUGGUGACAAAUGGGGUGAAGUCGACACUAGGUUUUCUUUCUGUGCUGUAGCAUGUCUAGCACUUCUGAACAAACUUCACGCUAUCAACGUAGAAAAGGCAGUUGAGUUUGUAGUGUCCUGCAUGAACUUUGACGGUGGUUUUGGCUGCAGACCAGGCUCGGAAACGCAUUCAGGCCAGAUAUAUUGCUGCCUUGGAACCCUGUCCAUACUUGGUCGGCUUCAUCAUAUUAAUGCUGACCUUCUUGGCUGGUGGUUAUGUGAAAGGCAACUUCCAUCUGGAGGUCUCAAUGGCCGACCUGAGAAGCUCCCAGAUGUAUGCUACUCCUGGUGGGUGCUUGCUUCAUUGAAGAUCAUCGGAAGGCUGCACUGGAUAGACAAGGAGAAACUACAGAACUUCAUACUUUCAUCUCAGGAUGAAGAAACAGGUGGCUUUGGGGACCGGCCGGGAGACAUGGUGGACCCAUUCCAUACAUUGUUUGGCUUGGCCGGUCUGUCAUUGCUAGGAGAUGAGAGACUCAAGCCGGUGAACCCAGUCUUCUGCAUGUCCGAAGAGGUUGUAGCAAGGCUGGGUGUGAGACACCAACUGUUAUCCUUGUGAUAUUAAUUUGGUCGCUCACAUUUUCAAGUCAUUUUAGAUUUUGUUGGAGUAAGUCAUUCAUGUCCAUGUUGCUAUUGUUAAGGCUUAACGAGGAAAAUGCAUUAUGUAAUGCCUUGCCUAUUGAGUGACAAAAGUUAAUAUGGUUGUUGUAAUGCAUGGAGUGUUUUUUUUCCUUGCAGAAGUCGCUGAUUGCUCCUUGUCAUUUUAUUAGGGCUUUUCAAAUUUCACUUACUGUGCAUAUCAUUUUUAUCACAUUAAAGGAAAUUUACUCACUAUAUUCUAAAAAAUGGUAUUUUAUUCAGUGCGUGCUAUGUAGCGAUUGUUAUUUGUUUCAAACCAUUAGAACACUAUUUGUUCACACGGUUAGAAUGUGCUACAAUGAUAAUUGAAUCAAGGGUACGUGCAGUGUGAAGUCUUGUGCAACUGAACAUCCACAGAAACUUUCUUUUUCUCCUUCAUUACUAGUGCAGCUUAAAGAACUACAGCAUAAAACUUGGUACAGUAAAUGUUUGUUAAUUCGACACUAGUUAAUUUGGAAAAUCGGGUAACUCGGAGGUGUUCCCUAUUUCUGGCCAGCAUGUGCGUUAUUUAAUGGCACCAAACUCUCGUUAAUGCCGCCAUACAGUCGUGGACAGAUUUUUCGGACUCCAAAAAUUUGGACUUGUUCGAUAUUUCAAACUUCACAAAUGCACCGUUGUUUAAUCAAGUGCAGCGCCAGGUCAAACCGAGGAGAAAGAAGAGCCUCCUUUCAUUAGCAAGUCCACUCUCACGGGGACUGGCAGCCAGGAAUCAACCAAGAUGGCUGAAAAUAAAUGUCGUUUGUGAUCUUUAAGCCUUGCUUCUUGCCAGUGAACAAUAUGCCAUUUUAAACAGUUUGGUGCCGAAGAUCUGGGAACUACUACAAGGGAUCACGGGAGGCUACGAGUGAACUGAACACCAUGGAGAGGCUGAAACUGAAGUGGCCAUCGAGAUGAUCUCUCAACACUAGGAUUAUGAACAAGGCAAGAGCCAUUCUCGGGGAUGCGACAGUGACCAUUGACCAGCCCAAUGCCAUUUACAGACGUUUGGAGGCAAACACCGGUGAACUGAACCAAAUCAACAGGGAGUUAGAGAGCCACAUACCAGAUGAAGAG